CACCUGACUCCACCUCCCGGGUGCUGGAAUUAAAGGCUGAGCCACCACCAACCGGCUUUAAAAUAUCUACUUUUCAAAAUUAGUUUUCAGGACUUGGUCUUUGUUUUCUGAGUUCCUUUUUAUCUUAUCAGUUUCUUACUUCACGAGUAAUUUUUUUUCUCUUCCUGUUGCCUUUCCCCAGUGCCCCAGCCCCCAAGUCUCAGCUCUACCCACUGGGCCAGUUAGUUAUCUGUGGUCUUCGGCCCAUUUUCCGUCUUCUGGGAUCUGUUACCAUGCUGCCCUCCCAUGGACUCUCUGAUGACUUUGCCUGCUCCCUUUUCCCUUUACCCUGACUCUGGUGACGUGCUGGGAAGGAGAGGUCUGCUUUAUUGAAAAGUGUAUGGCUGAAACAUUUCCCCGGUCAGUUUGGUUUUGUGAAUAGUGUAAACUCCCUACCUGGGAGAGUCAAGAAGUGAUGCUCUGCUUAGGAGACGGAGCUUGGAGGGCUCAAAGUUUCCUGCUGAGUAAUCUGGUAAGAGGAAGCGGCAUGGAGAUAGCAAGGGGGAGAUAAACUCUCCUGGCCUUUAGACAGCCCGAUACUUAUUUACAGCUAGAUAAGACAGCUCUACAAAAAGGUUUAGUUAGCUAGCUAACACAAACGGUCGUGUCGGUCCUGCAGUGCUGGGGUGGUCCUGUGAAGGUCUCAGUCUUUGAUUUCCUCCAAAUGUAUGCACCUGAGAGACUAAGGCUGCAGCAGCAGGCCACUCCUAAUCCUACUCACUCACGAAGAAUGUCCCCUUUGAGCCACUGUGAUACCUGCUGGUUACUCCCACAGAUUCCUCAGGAUUGGCUGGGACUGCAAAUAAAACACUGUUUGCCUUCAAUCAAGUCGAUAAGGUACAGUAUAAACAGGCACCUGUUCUCAGGCUACAACUGUGGCACUUACUCUCUUUCUUCCUAAACAUUUUCAUGAAAGACCUGGGAAGGGCCCGUUGUCUCUGGCCAGAAAAGAUCUUUAAGGAGGAAAAGGCCAAAAUGGGAUUGCAGAGUUCUAAAAAUCCCAUAGGCCAGCAAGCCCACAUUCUUCUUCUGGGACUCGACUCAGCUGGGAAAUCUACCCUGCUGUACAGGCUAAAGCUUGCUGAGACUUUCACAACCAUCCCAACGAUCGGCUUCAACGUGGAGAUGGUCCAGCUGGCCAGCGGUCUUCCGCUCACCGUGUGGGAUGUUGGAGGACAGGAGAAGAUGCGGACUGUCUGGGACUGCUACUGUGAGAACGCGGACGGGCUGGUGUACGUGGUGGACUGUUCCGAAGGCAAGCAGCGGCUCGAGGAUUCCCGCAAAGAGUUCCAGCACAUUCUGAAGAAUGAACACAUCAAAAACGCGCCGGUCGUCAUAUUAGCCAACAAACAAGACUUGCCCGGCGCUCUGAGCGCCGAGGACAUCACCAGGAUGUUCAAGGUGAAGAAGCUUUGCUGCGACCGAAACUGGUACGUGCAGCCCUGCUGUGCAGUCACCGGGGAAGGGCUGGAUGCCGGCUUCAGGAAAUUAACCGAGUUUGUGAAAAGCCACCUGAAGACGAGGGACACUUUAGCGUUCUUCAAGCAGAAAUGAGGCUGCGGAGCCGUCUCAGCCUCAGAAAGACAAUGAUGACUUCUGUCUUAUUUCCCACGUACUGUGAAAAAGUGAGUUACUGAGUUACUAAACUAUUCCGGAGGUUAACUUCACUCCGUCCAGCUAAAGAAGGAACUUUAUAGCAAACUAUGGGGUAAUGGUCAUUGAGAUGGAAGAAUUUAUCUUUUGAAAAGGUUAACGUGUUGGAUGAUUUGAAAGUCAUGUUUUGAGCCGGAUAAAUGUUCACUAAUUUUAUAUGACUGUUAGAGCAAUACCUGUCUGCUAUACAGUCAGGAGUCUUUCAAAUGGUUCCCAGCUGUUGCACUGUUACAGGUGUUGAAUUUCUACCCUGUUCCUGGGUAAUAAGUGAGUGGUGAGAAAACGAUUAAAAUGUAGCGAGGCAAAGGUU